AGGCCGUCUCUUCCGUGUGUGUCUCACAGUCGGUUCGUAUAUGGUCACCCGCAGGAAUCGACACGCAAUCUCACGCGACUUUCGAGAGCCGCGUCAAAUCCGCGAGAUGCGUGUUUCCGAUUGAAACCGGAGUGUUCGAUUUCCUUCCUUUUGUAAGAGAACGCCGCAGUUAAACGUACGCACGCGGCAAGUAAUGAGGUUGCCACACUGGUGUUAGUGUCAGGAACAUGGCUAUAUUUAGCGUAUGACGGCUGGCCAUUUCGGAGCAGGAACGACUUGAUAUAGCUCGCUCGCGGCGUCGCCUGUUGUGUGUUUACGGCCUCGGUUCACGAUAACGGCGCGAAAAUGGAAGAUAUAUUUCAGUGGUGUCGCGAAGGCAACGCUAUGCAAGUCCGCGUCUGGCUGGAUGAUACGGAGCAUGACAUGAAUCAGGGAGACGAUCAUGGAUUUAGUCCACUUCACUGGUGUGCUAAAGAAGGCCACUUAAAAUUGGCAGAGUUGUUAGUUACUAGAGGGGCACGCAUUAAUGCUACCAACAGAGGAGAUGAUACACCAUUGCAUCUAGCCUCAGCACAUGGACACAAAGAAAUAGUACAGUUGUUGCUCAGAAAUCGUGCCGAUGUAAACGUCACAAAUGAACACGGAAACACUGCCUUGCACUAUGCCUGUUUCUGGGGAGAUCAGGCGGUUGCGGAGGAAUUGGUCGCAGCAGGUGCUCUCGUAUCUAUCGCCAACAAAGACGGUGACACCCCUCUUGAUAAAGCCAGAGGUGUCGUGGCUAAGAGAUUGCAUGAUUUAGCAAUGGAAUAUGGACAAGAUUUGAAGAAGAUACAGUUCAAAGAUCAGAGUUGGUUAGGCUUGAAGACCAGGAGCCGUGACGCGACUCUCUCGAGAUACAAAGGGAUCAGUAUGGCAGAUUUGUCCCUUCACAUGCACCUCGCGAGCACACCGAGUGGCGAAACUUGGAGAGGUCGAUGGCAAAACAAUGAUAUCGUUGCCAAGAUAUUAAAUAUUCGCGAGUGUACCACGCGCAUCUCCAGGGAUUUUAACGAGGAGUUCCCAAAGCUGAGAAUCUUCUCACACCCGAACGUUCUGCCGGUCCUUGGUUGCGUGAAUCAGCCUCCGCAGUUGGCGACCGUCUCCCAAUACAUGGCGCGAGGCAGCUUGCAUAGACUUCUGCACGGCGGGACGGGUGUCGUCGUAGACACGGCGCGUGCUCUACGAUUAGCCCUCGACGUCGCCAGAGCUAUGGCAUUCCUUCACGGUUUAGAUCGGCAGAAUAGAUGCAGAUUUCAUCUCAACAGUAAGCACAUAAUGAUCGAUGAGGAUCUAACAGCUCGUGUGAAUAUGGCCGAUGCGAAAUUUUCCUUCCAAGAAAUCGGGCGAAUUUAUGAACCGGCAUGGAUGUCGCCAGAAGCUUUAAGCAAACGUCCGGCGGAUAUCAAUCACGAAGCGAGCGACAUGUGGAGCUUCGCCGUUCUUCUGUGGGAAUUGGCGACCAGAGAAGUACCAUUUGCGGAUCUAUCGCCUAUGGAAUGUGGCAUGAAGAUCGCCCUGGAAGAUUUACGCGUAAGCAUUCCGCCGGGCAUCUCUCCGCAUCUCGCAAAACUUAUUCGAAUUUGUAUGAAUGAGGAUCCGGGCAAGCGACCAUCCUUCGAUAUGGUUGUGCCGAUUCUUGACAAGAUGAAACGUUAAAAUAUAUAAAAUUAUU